AUGUUUAAAUGCAGUCCUCUCACAGGGCCCCUCUGUGAUGCCACGGUCACCCAGACGAGCUACUACCGUGAUGACACGUACACCAUGUUUCACCACCACGCGACGGUCUCUGGGUUAACGCCUCACACCAAGUGCUUCUACAAGGUCGGAAGUAAGGCAAACCCGAAGUUUACCAGCGACGUGUAUUUAUUCGUGACGGCACGCGCUGCAGCAGACAACAGUACGUUCAGCAUGGUGGUGUACGGCGACUUCGGCCCUGGCGACCAAUCAAGGAACACUAUCGCCUACGUGAACUCCUGGUCUUCGGACAAGGUCGAUCUCAUCUACCACAUUGGUGAUGUCGGCUACGCUGACGACGACUUCCUCAUGCCUGGCCAAGCGACCGGAUUCUACUACGAGAAGGUCUCGCUGCCCUACUUGGUUCUCGUGGGGAACCACGAGGCCGAGUGCCACUCGCCAGCGUGUCAAGUGUCGCCCACCAAGGCCAGGGCGUUGGGGAACUACACGGCGUACAACGCGCGCUUCAAAAUGCCCUCGAGAGAGACCGGCGGUGAUCUCAACAUGUGGUACUCGUUCGAGCCCGACCCGAUCCACUUCACGUCGAUCUCGGCCGAGACCGACUACCCCGGCGCGCCGCCGAAUAAAAUCACGCUGUUCACUCACAACGGCAACUUCGGCAACCAGUUGGCGUGGCCGGAGGCUGACUUGAAGAAGGCGGCGGCGAACCGUGCCAAGGUCCCUUGGAUCAUCGUUGCCAUGCACCGCCCUAUCUACGACUCGUCGAACGCCAAUAACGGGGUCCCGGUAGAACAGGCAGCUCACAUUCAGGCGGCCUUUGAGGCGCUCUUCAUCAAGUACAAGGUCGACGUGGUGCUCACGGCUCAUGAGCACUGCUACCAGCGCCUCACGCCCAUCCGCAAUAACCAGCCUGUGCUUGAUGGUGUGUCGAGCGACCGCAAGACGUACAACAACCCCAAGCUCCUGUUUAAAUUCUGUCCGUGGAAUGUGUUCUCGAACUACGUUGACUACGGUGUGUCGACGCUGGAGGCGAACCGAUCUAUGCUGUCAUGGAAGUUUGUGAGCACUGCCAACCAAGCGGUGCUGGACCAGUUUGUCCUGCGGAAGAACGCUUCUUUGGGAAGUGCCCACUAG